CCCCCGCGCGUGCGCCAGGGAGAGGGGCGCGCAGACCGAUGGGCUGCGCAUGCGCUGGGAACUUUUUUCCCCCGUAGCUGUCAAAGCGGGACUUUCUCAAACUCUUCAAAGCAAACUUGGCGUCGGGUUACCGAGCCUCUGUCAGCCGUUCAGGAACCGGGGCAUCGGACGGUCGUCGUUACAGAGCUUUAACGGGGGUGUGACGCAGCAGCAGCCUCGGGGGAGAAGGUUACACACACCGGCACCGCCGGUCACGCUGGGACCCAGGUAAGACGGGGCGGAGGACGGCGUCCCGGAUGGAGGCUCCGAUCCCGCUGGUCCGCCGCCUCCAGGAUGCCCUCGACAGCCUGGGCCAGAGCCUCCAGCUCCCGCAGGUCGCCGUGGUGGGCGGGCAGAGCUCCGGGAAGAGCUCGGUGCUGGAGAACUUGGUCGGCAGAGACUUUCUCCCUCGGGGUUCAGGGAUUGUCACUCGCACGCCCUUAAUCCUCCAGCUUCUGCAUUCGACAGCAGAGUACGGGGAGUUUUCCCACUGUAAGGGAAAAAAGUUCACGGAUUUUAAUCAGAUCCGAAUGGAAAUUGAAGCGGAGACGUGCAGACUUACAGGAUCGAAUAAAGGCAUCUGCUCUGCCCCCAUCGUCCUACAGAUUCACUCCCCACAUGUUCUGAACCUGACUUUGGUGGACCUUCCCGGCAUGACUAAGGUUCCUGUAGAGGACCAGCCGGCAGACAUCGAGUACCAGAUACGAGACAUAAUCAUGCAGUACAUUUGCAACGAGAACUGCCUGAUUCUUGCCGUUGUUCCUGCCAACACCGACCUGCCCAACUCUGAUGCUCUUAAACUGGCCAAAGACGUCGACCCUCAAGGUCUUCGCACGUUUGGUGUGAUCACAAAACUGGACCUGAUGGAUGAAGGAACAGACGCCAAAGAAAUCCUGGAGAACAGGUUCCUGCCCCUUCGCAGAGGUGGGGGCAUUUGUGUGGGCUACGUAGGAGUAGUGAACCGCUGUCAGAAAGAUAUAGACGGGAAAAAGGACCUUCAGGCCGCCCUGGAGUCAGAGAGGACCUUCUUCCUGUCCCAUCCGGCUUACAGACACCUGGCUGACAGAGCGGGGACUCCAUAUUUACAACAAAUCCUCCACCAGCAACUGACAAACCACGUUUGGGAACGGCUGCCGGCCCUCCGCAGCCGUCUGCAGGCGCUGCAUGAAGACGCUGAAGAGCUCAGUCAGAGUGGUGCUGAUGAUCCUGCCGGCAGGAUCCAGACUUUCAUUCAGUUGGUUCAGCGCCUGGGGAAUGACUUUGGGAAAGGAAUCGAAGGCCGCGGAAACAGAGUUGACACGUCUCAUUUGUCAGGAGGAGCAAAGAUUAACAGAAUCUUCCACGAGCGUUUGCCCCAAGAAUGUCUGAAGAUGAAGUCUGACGAGAUCAAACUACGGCAGGAGAUCCGCUGUGCCAUCAGGAACAUACGUGGCAUCAGGACAGGCAUGUUCACUCCUGACAGCGCCUUUGAAACGGUAGUAAAGAAAAAGAUAUCCAGACUGAAAGAGCCAUGUCUUCAGUUUGUUGACAUGGUCAGCCAGGAGCUCAUGACCACUGCGCGUCAGUGCACCAGCCAGCUGAACUCCUUUCCUAAACUGCGAGAAAGGACGGAGAACAUCAUCACCGCUGCAAUUCAUACGCACGAAAGUAGAUGCAGAGAGCAGGUCACCUUGCUGAUUGACAUCCAGCUCGCCUACAUGAACACCAAACAUGACGACUUCAUUAUCUCCCAUUACACACACAACGCAAACAAGAAGUCUGCAGCACAGGUGACCGGAUCACAGGGCGGGGCCUCUCCUGCACAUCUAACAGUUAUCCGAAAAGGCUGGCUGACCAUCAGGAACAUCGGCAUCAUGAGAGGCGGAGCCAGGAAGUACUGGUUUGUCCUGUCUGCAGAGAGCCUGUCCUGGUUUAAGGAUGAGAAGGAGACGGAGAAGAAAUUCAUGCUUCCUCUGGACAACCUACGGCUCAAAGAUGUGGAAAAGGGCUUCAUGUCCAGCAAAUGUGCUUUUGCAAUCUUCAGCACAGAGUCCAGGUGUGUUUGGCUGGACCUUCCCCAGUCUGUGUGUGGUGGUGGGGCGUCUGAAUCCGAACAGGACAGGAAGACUGCAGCGCGUCACUUUUCGUCCAACCUCUCCACUGAACACCUGAACUGGGCUCCGGCUCUUCAGGCUGGGUUCUGUGUGUAAACCCGAGAGCUGGAGCCGACCCAAAGCAUGUGGGCUUUGUUUAGACGUUUGUGCUAUGCUGCGUUUGGCCAAGCAAACUGGAUUUGCAUGUGCACAUCUUAGUACGUGCAUGUGUCUGGCUGUGCACGGAGCGUGCCUUUUGACCACAGGAUAACGACGGCGGGCUUAGAAAGCAGCUAAUCAAAGCCAGAGCGCUCGGAUCAGAGAGGAGGCGGCUCUCGUUUGGAAAGAAUUGCUCGCCCCACCGCAAAAAAAAGUAGAGCGGGAGGGAAAAUUUGGAAUGGUCCAGAGGAGAAAGCAAGGCGAGGAGAGAGAUCCAGCGCCAUUGGCCAGGAAUGUGUCAAAAAGUUAGUCCUGUGGCGCCCCCUCCUCUCCUCGCGCUCCCUCUUCCUCCUCAGUUUUUGUGAGGGGGCAGAUGUUGCAGGGCUCUGUCUUCGUCUUAGAGGCAGGAAAAAAACCUUCAAAUCUUUGGUGCUUUCAGAUGACCAAAACCGACGUUCAGCUUGCUGUGGGGAGGGGGGGACUGCCAGAAAUAUGGACAGGAAUCUGAAUCUGCAUGAUAUGAAUCCUGUGUGCUCUCACUGGUGUGGAAGGAUUUUGGCCUCUUUAUUCUGACACAACAACAUGCUAAUACCACCUUUGCUUUAUUGGCUUAGCCACCACGCCCCGACGUCGUCACUUUAAUCGUCCUGAUGGUCAUAAAGACACAAACAGAGUAUUUUCUUUCACGGUUUGACGGUAUUUUGUCAUUCUGUGUUUGAGUUCUCUUCUUUCUCAUAGAGUUCCUGUAUUUGAGGGGAAUUGGUCUGCAGUGUUAAUGUAAGCCUGAUUAAAGCCAAAUGUUACACAAAUGGCUGGCAGGCUCCCUUUGCAGACACACUUCCAAAGACCAAACGCUGCUUGAAGCACAGCUGAACCUGAAGGCUUAAAGACGGAAGAAAAGGAUGGGCUGAAAGGAGAAGUGGUCUUCAGGGUGGAUGAAUUAAAAGCUGUCUGUGUACCGGCGUUUCAGUUUCCAUCCGAAGCACUGCGCUGUUUCCGUUAUGAGGCGUGUCCGGCAUCAAACACGACUGGGAUUCAGUCCUGCGGGUCUUCACAGCUUCAUGAAGACCACGAACUUCCUCAAACUUUCAUAUAAAGCCUACAGACUGAACUAAGUUUGGGAAUUCUGUCCACGUUUACAGCUAAAAAAACACUCUUUGUUUAAUUAGCUCUACACACUCGGAGACCAGAUUCACUCUUGCAGUUUUCAUCAAAGCAGCAGCCUAUAGUAUCUCAUCACAUUGUAUUUGUGCACAGAGAUCCAACACUGAGAAGAAAUGUCUUCCUCAGUGUAACAUCAGCUUCAUGAACCAGUCAUUUAUUUGAAAUCGGUUCACUGGUUCCAAGCAAAAACUGUCAACUGAGUGUAACAAAACAAAGGCCUUUGAAACCAGCCGUCUCCAAACCAGCUGAAUCCUUCACAUUUUCACGUCAGGUAUCGCCUCAGGUGGGCUUUAGCCACGAUAUGAUACACCUGACCUGACUGUGGGAUUAGUAGAGCCGUCCUUAAAGACCCCCUCCAGUAAAAAUAGUGCUUUUAACAUCUUCUUGUGGCAUUUUUCUCAUGACUGAGGUUAAAAGAAUUUAAGCUUAAAUCUGCAUUUCUAAGUGUUUCAUUAUUCAAGUCGUCGUGAAUCAGGAGCAGCUGAAAAAUGUUAUUUUAAGAAGGAUUAAAUCUACAAUGGGCGGGGCCAAAGUCUCCCAGCUCCGCUCCAUUCUGAUGCAUCUACUGUCAGACAAAUGGAUCCAUGUGUUUUCCUCGUGUGAGCUGGGAUCUGUACGACUGGAUAGCUCCAACAUUCCUGCCAUUUUUGUUGAGAGGGGCUGUAAGCUAGCAGGAGAGAGUGUAAACAAAGUGAUGAUGGGAAAUGAGUGAAGCCAACAGUCACACCCACAACUCAAGAGGUGAAUUUAUAAUGAACUUCUGCCGCUCUGCAGAAACUAUGUCUUAGAAAAAGACACAAGUUUUGAUUUUGUCUAAAAACGGCAUCAUCGUAAUUAAAAGACCGCUAGAAAGACUUUAACAACAGAUCAGAAGAUGAUCAGUGUGGGAAUCACAUUUCAGUUCUAUCAGGGAAGUAUUCCAGAAAGCAGGUUAUGCUAGCUCCCACGGUAAGUUUGAGGCUAAGGAAGCGGAUAACCUCAGCUUUGGGUUCCAGAAAUGGAGGUAUG